ACCCGCUUCUUCAGUGGUGUAGCGCACAGUAAAUUGUUUAUAAACUAUAAGAAACUGAUACAUUAUGCUAUUGAGGUGUUGCCGAACCAAAGUUCGGAUUCCUUUUUUGGCUAUUUUUUUCUUGUUGUUGCUUGUGAGAAGAAGUUAAAACACAAUCUUUCUUGUUCGGACCAAAGUCUCUCUGCUUGUGAGAAAAAGCGAACAUAAUUUUACAAUUGACCUAGGAAGAAAGCUCGGAAAGCUUGCUGGAUCAGUUGUCGCGGUUUUGACAAGGGAAGAUCAGUUCCCAUAUUACGAUGUUAUGAUUCAUGAUUAUAAAGAUGAUCUGAAGAACUACCCAGAGGAGACUCCAAGGGAUGCUAUUAAUGAUUGCAUCUUGAAGUUGUCCCGGGCACUUGUUCACUCAAAAGACACAAAAGAUGUCAUGGAAGGAAUACAAAAGCUUGAAGAUAGUCUCAGGGGUGAGUGGGGUGUACUUAGCCCACUUCAAAAGAGGGAGAUGCUUUAUCUUCUCGCAGUUGGAUAUUACAGAGAUGGUGACCGUGCAACUAGCUUAUCUUACUUGGAUCAAUGUUUGGAGAUUGCACCACUAUUCAACCAAGCUUUGACCCUGAAGAAAAAAUUUGGAUCGGUUCUUUGGUUUCUCAUUGGGGGAGAUCACCAAUAUUAUCUCGACAUGAUUCUUGAUUGUGAGAGAGAUAUCGCAGAGGCCGGGGAUGAUGCUCCAGAUGAGGUUAAGAAUGAAAACAUCAUCAAGUUGUCAUGGGCUCUUGUUCACACAAGACAACCAGAAGAUGUCCAACGAGGAAUAGCAUUGCUCGAAGCCCCUCUAAGGAAAGAUGGACUAAGCCAAAUUCAAUUAAGGGAUAUGCUUUAUGUUCACACACUUGGACAUUACAUAAAUCGUGACUUUAAGAACUGCGGGAAAGACUUGUGUCGAUUGAUGGAGAUUGCACCAGACUGCUGGCAAGGUUGGAGGCUGUAGAAUACAGUUUUUUAUCGAGUGUAUUUAGAUCCUCAGCUGCGUUGUUAACGUUUCGGGCAUAAUUUAUUCCUAGAUUGUAUAUACACGUAGUAGACAAAGGGUUUGUGCAGCACCACCUCAUGGUAAAUGGCUGCGAUGCCACUUCCACCCCCACCUCCACCUCCACCUCCACAGCAUCAUACACAGCUCCAGCAAGGGAACUUACUGGUGACUCAGGUCGGGAGGGAUAGAACUGCAUCUGACAAAAUUCAAAACCUGGAUGCGUGAACGGUUUGUCAGUAA